GACUCUACUUAUCCAUUUGGAGAAUGGAUACCUUGGCAAAGGCCUUGACCAGUUCUCCACCCAUAUGCACCAUUACUACACAUAUGUGGAUAACAUUUAUAAAGGCCAGAAAGUGCUUCAGAUGCAGCUUAAGAAAAACAAGGCCUUCAGACGGUUCAAAAAACUGCAGGAAUCCCGUCCGGAAUUCAACAACCAGAAGCUGGAGGACUUGCUCCAACUCCCCCUGCAGCGGAUUGAUCA